AUGUGCGCAUGGCAUGUGAGCUCGCGCUGCCCUACUGACACACAUUUUAUGCUAAUGAGCUCCCGGGGCCUGGUGAUAAGCGGGAGAAGGGAGGAAGAGGCGCUACAUCAUCUGGUGUCUCGCGUCUGCCGGCAUUGCUCCCAAAGUCAAGGCAUUACAAACAUGGAGAGAAAGCCAGGGACUGACACUGAUAUCCCCAAAGGUGUGCGGCCCCCUGCUCUGCUCUCAUGCGAGCUCAGCCCCGAACACCAGCAGCCCGUGUCCAGCACGUCGAGCAUUUGCGUGGACCUGGCCUCCCUCUCAGUUUCUCUCCUUCAUCAGCAUCUGUUUGACCGCCCUGCGGCCAACUGGACCGCCACCCGCAGCCGAGUGAUCCUGGAUGGCAGUUCCUUGGAGCACCAGGUGCGACACAUGACGGGCUUCCCGCGCUCCAUGUACCCCUUCACCUUCAACUCCAUGCGGAGCCACUCCCCCUUUGACCUGCUGGCCAGUAGCCACCUGUUUGGCCGGUUCGGAGCAGACCUUCCCAAAGAGAUGGCUGCAUUGUCGGUGGAGACCCAGAGCACCAGUUCAGAGGAGAUGGUGCCCAGCUCUCCCUCCCCUCCUCCUCCACCCCGGGUCUACAAGCCCUGCUUUGUGUGCCAGGACAAGUCAUCUGGUUAUCACUACGGAGUGAGCUCCUGCGAGGGCUGCAAGGGUUUUUUCCGACGAAGUAUCCAGAAGAACAUGGUGUACACCUGCCAUCGAGACAAGAACUGUCAGAUCAACAAAGUGACCCGAAACCGCUGCCAGUAUUGCCGGCUGCAGAAGUGCUUCGAAGUCGGCAUGUCCAAAGAAGCGGUGCGUAAUGACCGAAACAAGAAGAAGAAGGAUGUGAAGGAGGAGGUGGUGCUGCCUGACAACUACGAGCUCAGUGGGGAGCUGGAGGAGCUGGUUAACAAAGUCAGCAAAGCUCACAAGGAGACCUUUCCAUCGUUGUGCCAACUAGGAAAAUACACCACAAAUUCAAGUGCUGACCACAGAGUACAACUGGACUUGGGCCUGUGGGAUAAGUUCAGUGAGCUCUCCACUAAGUGCAUUAUAAAGAUUGUGGAGUUUGCCAAGCGGCUACCAGGCUUUACCACGCUCACCAUCGCUGACCAGAUCACCCUCCUCAAAUCUGCAUGUCUGGACAUCCUGAUGCUGAGGAUAUGCACCCGCUACACCCCUGAACAGGAUACUAUGACGUUCUCAGACGGCCUGACUCUCAACAGGACCCAGAUGCACAACGCUGGCUUCGGCCCUCUCACAGAUCUGGUGUUUGCCUUCGCUGGUCAGCUUUUGCCUUUGGAGAUGGACGACACGGAGACGGGGCUCCUCAGCGCCAUCUGUCUCAUCUGUGGAGACCGGAUGGACUUGGAAGAGCCCGAGAAGGUGGACAAGCUGCAGGAGCCGCUUCUAGAGGCUCUGAAGAUCUACACCCGGCGCAGACGCCCCAACAAGCCCCACAUGUUUCCCCGCAUGCUGAUGAAAGUUACAGACCUCAGAGGAAUCAGUACCAAAGGUGCAGAGAGAGCCAUCACACUGAAGACAGAGAUCCCGGGCCCCAUGCCCCCUCUCAUCAGGGAGAUGCUGGAGAACCCGGAGGCCUUCGAGGACAGCAGCGACUCCUCUGACAGCGCCGCGGCGGCCCCCCCCGCCAUUCAGGCCAUCAAGCAGGAGGAGAAGCCCGCGUACGAGUCAGCCUUUGAGGAGGAAGAGGAGGAGGAGGAGGACGAUUACUGGGAUGAGGAGAGGGAGCGGGCGGCGGACAGUGAUGGAGAGCUGUGGGGGGAGGCCGCGGCUACCGCACAGAAGAAAGCAGCGACAGGGAAAGCCCAGUGA